CGCCCACUUCCGCUCUGUUAGACACAGUUUACUCUUCGAUUGAGUUUACUCUUCGAUUGAGCAAUAAUUUGACCUUUAUUCACAGGUGUUUCUGGCCGGAUGUGAUGCUCGGUGCUGCAGAAACAGGUGACUGAUUUACUGUCAGGAUGAACAGCGAGGAGGAGUUUUACGAUGCUGAGACAGGGCUGGAGUCCGAUGAUUCCUGUGAGGUCAGUUUUAAAGACGCCCUGGUGUUCGAAAACAAGCAGGUGACGGACGGCGAACAGGAGAAUGGAGUUUGGGAGCGCAGGAAAACCCUGCCUGCUGAGAUGAUCUCCAGAAACAACUUCAGUGUGUGGAGCAUACUGAAGAAAUGCAUCGGCAUGGAGCUUUCUAAAAUCGCGAUGCCGGUGGUGUUUAACGAGCCGCUGAGUUUCCUGCAGAGAAUCUCAGAAUACAUGGAGCACACGCAGCUCAUCCACCAGGCCUGCAGCCUGUCGGACUCCAUGGACCGCAUGCAGGUUGUUGCUGCGUUUGCUGUGUCGGCAGUAGCAUCUCAAUCGGAACGGACUGGAAAACCAUUUAAUCCUUUACUGGGGGAAACGUACGAACUCAUGAGGGAGGAGGAGGGCUACAAGUUGAUCUCGGAGCAGGUGAGCCACCACCCCCCCGUCAGUGCUUUCCACGCUCAGUCUCUGAAGCACGAGUUCGAGUUUCACGGAUCCAUCGACCCCAAACUCAAGUUCUGGGGAAAAAGUGUGGAGGCCGAGCCCAAAGGCACCAUGACCCUGGAGCUGCUCAAACAUAAAGAAGCGUACACGUGGACGAACCCGAUGUGCUGCGUGCACAACAUCAUCCUGGGAAAACUCUGGAUCGAGCAGUACGGAACCGUGGAGAUAAUCAACCACAGCACGGGAGAUAAGUGUGUGUUGAACUUCAAACCGGUGGGCAUGUUUGGGAAAGAGCUGCACAGAGUGGAGGGUCACAUCCAGGACAAAAGUAAGAAGAAGAGGCGAGUUCUGUACGGGAAGUGGACAGAGUGCAUGUACAGCAUCGACCCCAAAGUGUACGACGCUCACAAAAAGUCUGAAAAGAAAACGGCGGCAGACUCGAAGAAGCUGAAAAAGGGACGUAGUUGUGAAGCUGAGGAGGCGGACGAGAUGCCGGACGUCCAAGAAACUGUGACUGUGAUACCAGGAAGUGCCUUACUGUGGAGGAUAUCACCGAGACCUGCUGACUCUGCACAGAUGUAUAACUUCACGAGCUUCGCCAUGACUCUGAACGAGAUGGAGCCGGAGACGCUGCUGCCGCCGACCGACUGCCGGCUGAGACCGGAUAUCAGAGCCAUGGAGAACGGAGACAUGGAAUUAUCGAAUUCAGAGAAAGAGCGGCUAGAGGACAAACAAAGGACGUCGCGCAGAGAUCGCUCCGUGGAGGAGGAGGAGUGGUGCACCAGGUGGUUCCAGUUGGGAACGAACCCUCACACGGGAGCGGAGGAUUGGCUCUACUCAGGUGGAUACUUUGACCGAAACUACUCGGACUCUCCCAACAUUUAUUGACACACACCUCCUCCUCCGCAGAUCUAAUGUGUGUGUGUGUGUGUGUGUGUGUGUGACGUCCAGACGCUCACGGUUCUGUGUGUGUCCUGAUUUCAAAUCGACCGACUGUGAACCACGGGAGAAACGUUACAUUUAGUUUACUUACUGUACAUGACAUCUUUAAUAAUGAUAAUAGUCCACAUGUGUGUCACUCACAAACGAGGGGUUUUUAAACAGUCACCUGUGUGUGUGUGUGUGUGUGUGUGUGUGUGUCUGUGUGUGUACGUGAACGCGUGUGUGUGUGUGACGUC